CCGCGAUAUUUCUUCCCUUUAUUCACACAUCGAACAUGUACAUUCCGGCCUCGUACACUCAGAAUACCACCACUUCUGCGAAUAUUGAUCCUAACGUGGAACACCAACUUUGUACCACACAAAAUAGCUGUUUCUUGAUAGCGAUUGUCGUCUUGAUAUUGAUCUUCUACGCAUUGGCUUUAUGGGAUCGAUAUAUACAGCUAAGACUAAGAGAGGUUGAGAAGGAUCAAAUACGACAAACGAGGCUGAUAACCUCCGAGUCAGCAUCCUUACCGAACUACGGGUCAACAACUCAUGCCUUCGAGUCGAAUCAGUACCUCACGGUACCGCAAAAUAAUCGAGCGUUCUGCGGUGAAAAACCGCCUUCUAAUGACAGAAUCAAGUCGGCAGAGAACGAUUCUUCAUCGAGUAUACAGCUUUUGGUCCCUGAGUCGUGAUAGGCUGCAUUAUAUCAUAUAAUUGAGUGCUACAGUAUCAAUAUCGUAUCGGGCUAUCGGAUCCCUGUGACUUAAUUAGUACUGCAGUUGUUUUACAGCAAUAAUAACC